UAAACUAAAUGCAUCCUUUCAUGAUGCGGCGUAUUUUUACAUAACUUUAGGUUCCAAAACAUCGAUCGACAAUUGAUAGAAUUUAAAUUCUGGGGAAGCACUGCCUUGGUAACGGUCGCUAGGAAGCAUUUUGUUUUGUUGAAUGUCGAUAGAAAGUAAUCCACCGAAAGCGCAUCCCAUUUUCACUCUAUCUCCUCGUUAGCAAUAUUACGAAUUUCAAGAAUGGAAAACGAAGAAUCUGUCCCAGAUCAGAAAAGUCCCAACACUGGGCAAUCGUCCGCCGUCACCAAAAAUGGAGCUAGUCCGCAGUUUCUAAGUUUGGUGGAAUCGGCAUUACUGGAAGGACGUUCCCAUAGCAUUGUGGAGAGCUUCGUGCGUGAUAAUCGUUUUCGCAAAAAGACCAUUCCAUUAAACUAUGCGGAGGAUAAGGAGAGAAUACGCAUUUGUUUGAACAACGCGGAUAAACGAAUUGCAGAGCUGAUGCGCGAUGGGCUGGAACUUAUCGAGGAUGUGCGAGUGGCAAGCGAUAGGCACGAGGUGGAACGCCGCAUGGCUGAAGCGGACAUUAAGGAGAGUCUCCUGAGUAAAAUUCAUACCGAGUCAGUAGAUUCGGUCGCAAAAUUUCAAACCACUUAUGAAAAGUGGACCGAAAUUAAAGACCUGAAAGAUCCCAUGCUUAUGAAUGAUGAGCUACAGCUGCAAAAGAAUCGCGUGGAGGAAUUGCUGAAGCAAAAGGACAUCAUCAUUGCCGAAUGUCGCAAAGAACUGCAGGCAGCUGACGAUCGGUACGCAAGAGACAUACGCAAGCAAAUUGUCGAUAUCCAGAGUCUUGUUCAUCGUGCAGAUACGGAGGUGGAAGCGAUGAAAAGUAUUCUUAAGGAAAAUUUGGAUCUUAUUCAAGGGACAGUUGAGGAGGAACGUGUAAUACUGCAAAAUGCUGCGAAUUUCAACUGGAAUGAUGUGUACGCCAAGCGGGCCACCAACGAGCGUAUUAAAGUAAAGCAGAAGAAGGAACGCUUGCUCGCUAACCUAACCGAAAUUGAGCAAAUAGAGCUGGAUUACGUAGAGACAACGCGUGCUACCAGAAUAAAGCUGGACAAAGACACUCAGGCACUGGCAAUAGAGCUGCAAAAGAUUAAAACAAACACCACACUCAACUCGGAGAAGCUGGACUACAGUUUCCAGGUGUUGAAGAAACGGGAAGAUGAAAACCUGAUGGUAAAGAAUGCACAAAAGCGUCGCUUGGCUAAGUUGCACGAAACCAUCUUCACGCUGCGAAAUAAGCUGAAAGACACAAAAAUGACCUAUUACAUCGAGACGGAAAAGAUGGCCAAAGUGAUAGAAAAGUUGCAUCACAGCGUGGAUCAUAUUAGAAGCAAACUGGAAUGCUCGAAGAAAGCUUAUGAUAAAAGGGUUCGCUCUAUUUGGAAUUUGAAUCGCGAUGAAUGUUUUGAAAUUAUCCAAAGCAUAUCGGCAAUAGACAAGGUACUCGUUGAGCAACAUUUAAACCGGAAGUGGACCAACAAUUUGGGCGCCAUAUCGGAUCUGCUCUUCAACUACGAUCCCUUGUGUACGCCUAAGCUCCCCAGCACAGCCAAAACCAAGCGAAGUUUAACCAACUCGAAAGAGGAAGAGCAGCACGAUUUCUGUCGGUUGAAAAAUUUGCUAGAGCAGUCGCGAUUUUUGAGCGAUAAAAAGUUGGAGGUUGCAUUAAAAGAUCGACAGAUUGAUGGUUGCGGUAUGACGCUGAUUUGUAUGGACAACGUGUUGAAUGCACUCGGUAUUGAUAGUAUGGAUGGUGUUCGUCAACUGCAGUCCACCCAUUCGGAUGUGCAGAAUUUAAAUAAUGUCGACGAAGCGUGCAGCACAUCUGAAAUGUCCUCAAGCGAUAACAAGGAGAUCGAAGUAAAUCAUAAAGCUCUUACCACUUCCCGUGAUCUGUUGGCACUUAAAAUGUUCUGUGAAGACGACGAUGAAGUGUUGCAAGGUCAAAGCGAAGUUAAACCCGAACCGAAGUUAACCCUCUCCGAUACGCGCAAAUUUUGGGCAUCUUUUAAAAACAUUUUCUUGCCAAAUCAGAUGAAAGUUUGGGACACCAUGGAAGAGAGUUUGAGCAAGUAUCUUCAGGUGCUGCGUGAGAGGCAAUCCUUAGAUGAGGAGUGCAGUUUCUUGAGGAAACAAAACCAAGAGCUUCAACAUAUUAUGCAAAAGAUGCUCAUCAAACCGUCGAACGACGAUUUUUAGCAACCGCUAUCAAAUCAUUGUGCAUGGUGUGUGGUUUUGAAUAGAUUAAUGUUUUUCAUUUGAUUUAAAACUCUAAAUUAAUCUACGUGUGUGUGAUAAAAUAACCCCUUAUCAUUAUACUACAUCUUAUCGACAAAAUAAAGUAAAAUCCCGUCCCAAUUUAGCUUAUCAAUUAUCAAUUUGCACCAUACCAACCAAACUUAGCU